AUGACCCCUCAAGAAACCAGCAACUCCAACAAUACAUCCACUCCACCAAACAACAACUCCAAUGGUGGUUAUAUAGAUUAUGAUGACAUGUUUAUAGAUGCAGGUAGAGCUGCUAAUUAUUCGGAGCAAUAUUCCGCAUCAUCAAGUGCACACCAACGAUUGAAGGCAGCAUCAUCGAGUGCGGACAUGUCUAAGAAAUUAGAAAACAGUGUUUCAACUCCGACCACUGUUUCAUCUGAUUCACCAUUGAACCCUUCUUCAACGCUUAAUAAGUCUACUCAGUCUAUUUGUUCUUCACCGCAGUCUCUUCCCAACACUCCCUCUAUUGCUACUGUGCCUUCGCUCAAAAGCUCAUCAAACUUCAAUAUUUCAUUUAUUGAUCAAGACAAUUCCAAACAAGAAUCCACCAAACAACAACCAUUGGGAGGCAACAGUCUUACUCCGACAUCUUCUUUCCAAAUCAAAGACUCUUCAUCACAAGUUUUAUCCUCCACCACUCUCCCUUCUGGCUCAUCCUCCUGCAAUGUUCCACUUUUACCGAACCUUCAAUCGAUCGUCAAUUCAUCUCCCCUCAAUUCUCAUCCUCAAAAAACAAUUCCAACACUCUCAAGCCCUGGCGUAACAGGGGUUCAUUACAAAGAUCGAAAGAGAACAAUUUCAUUACAAUAUUUGGCAGAAAUCUCGAACUUUUCACGAAAUGACGUUCAAGAUGCAAUGAUUUGUAAAAUUGAUAACGAGACGGGAGAAAUUUAUGGAAAUAUUCCUGAUAUUGUGGUUGGUAUGAAAUUUGAAUCAAGAAUGGACUUGUUAGAUUGUAAACUUCAUACAGACCUUCAAUCAGCUGUUUGCACAAACUCCAAUUAUUCAAAACCUGCUGCUUCACUAAUUAUUUAUGACUCUCAAGAUGAACAUGAGGAUAGAGGUACUAUUGUCUUGUAUUCAAUCAAUUUUCAACAACAUGACCCUCAAUCUUCUCCACCCUCCAUAAAGGGAACAGCCGCAGAAGCUUUAGCUCAAAACUCGGCAUACAAAAUUCCAGUGAGAGUAAUUCGUGGAAGGUAUGAGUUGUCCAUUAUCGAUAGAGAAUCACCACUAAGAAACCAUCAUUGUCCCGUUCAUGGUUAUCGAUACGACGGUCUUUAUUUCGUUGGCGAAUACUUUUUUGAACCAACUAUUUCAUCUUACAUUUUCAAGCUCAUUAGAAUUUAUGGACAACCAGAGUUGCCACACACAAGUAUUCCAGGAGAAACCCCUUCUUUUUCUUCAAUACCUCCUCAAUUUACAAAUCAUACACCCAUACCUCAACAACCAACCCCUUCUUCCACAAGUGGCGCAGUAUGGCCAAGAUCAAACAUUGAAACAUCAGUUUUUGGAAUUCCAUCACUUGUUACUCAAAGAAUGAUAUCCUCUUCCUCCCCACAACAACAACAUACAUACUCUAAACAGAGUUCUCACAACUAUCAUGAUUUGCCUUAUAUUCCCAAGUUACCUUCAAACAUUCCUUCUCCAAACUCUCAGCAUUUUCCUCAAAACCAUCAUGCACUUCCCUCAAUUCCUUCUAUCCCAUCUAUUGCAUCUCGUACUCAAUUUUACGGCAACGAUCCUUCUACACUUGUAAAUAGACCUGUAUCACCAACGAUGAUCAACUCCAAUACCUCAUCCGUUAACGCUACCACAAGGUCUGGCACACAAAAUCAGUUUUAUAACAUCUCUAACAAGGUUGAAGACGGUCAUGAUACAGAAAGAAUGAUGAACCUUACACACAGCACCAUACGACAAAUGAUUUCUAAUUUAAGGUCUCAAAACAGCAAAUUUAAUGAGCGAAUUCAGCAAUAUUCAGCAAACAUUACUGAUAUCAAUUCCAAAGUGGAAGAUGUUCAAAGGUGCUUGCCUCCUGGAGGAACAUCUUCUAGACAGCUAACAUCCAGAAACAAAACGUUCACAUGGAAGGCAGGUGUUGACAGAAGCAAGUACUUUGUUUAUGAUGAUGAAGAUGGAGAAGAUCAAGCCGAAGAAGAACAACCAACAAGAACAGAUCAACAAGAACACAAGAAAAGUAAGAAGAGAAAAAAGCAAAGUGUUUCUGCAAGCAGUAGUAGCACAAGUGUAGACCAAAGCAGCGACAACAAUAAAUGA